GGAUUCGAGAGGGUGGCUUCUGUAGGCUCCGAGCAAGUGCUGGUGUGUCCCCCGCCCGCGCCUGUGCCCGGGCCUGGCGCGGCUCCCCCGCGGUCGUUCGCUCGCGUCCCUUCCGGGGUACGCGCAGGCCCAGGUCACACGUAAACAAUAAGGGAAUUUUGUGUUUUCGGCAUUGGGGCUUCUUUUUCAGGACAGAGGGUUUUUUCUGCUAAGGAAGAAAGCUCAAAUGGCCUCAGGUGCGGUAGCGAACGCCCCUCCUGCAGGAGGGGCAAAUGAUGUGAGCCUGGAGGAACCAAAGAAGAUGACAAGGGAGGAUUGGAGGAAAAAGAAAGAAUUAGAAGAACAGAGAAAACUAGGAAAUGCACCAGCUGAAGUGGAUGAAGAGGGAAAAGACAUCAACCCUCAUAUUCCUCAGUACAUCUCCUCGGUACCCUGGUACAUAGAUCCUUCUAAAAGACCCACUCUAAAGCAUCAGAGACCUCAGCCAGAGAAACAGAAACAGUAUAACUCCUCUGGAGAUUGGUACAAACGAGGAGUUCAGGAGCACGCUGUGGCCACCAGGUACCGCAAAGGAGCCUGUGAGAACUGCGGGGCACUGACACACAAGAAGAAAGACUGCAUGGAGAGACCCAGGAAAGUUGGAGCAAAAUAUACAGGGAUGAACAUUGCCCCAGAUGAACACGUGCAGCCUCAGCUGAUGUUUGAUUACGACGGGAAGCGAGACCGGUGGAAUGGUUAUAACCCCGAGGAGCACAUGAAGAUUGUUGAGGAAUAUUCCAAGGUUGAUUUGGCCAAACGUACCCUGAAAGCCCAGAAGCUUCAGGAGGAGCUGGCAUCAGGGAAGCUGGAGCAAGUGAACUCCCCAAGACACCAGUGGGGAGAAGAGGAAUCAAAUUCACAGACAGAAAGAGAUCAUAACAGUGAAGAUGAAGAUGAAGAUAAAUACGCAGAUGACAUUGAUAUGCCUGGGCAGAACUUUGAUUCUAAAAGACGCAUCACAGUCCGAAAUUUACGUAUUCGAGAAGAUAUUGCUAAAUACUUGAGGAAUCUAGAUCCAAACUCUGCUUAUUAUGAUCCCAAAACAAGAGCAAUGAGGGAGAACCCUUAUGCCAACACAGGCAAGAAUCCAGAUGAAGUUGGUUAUGCAGGUGACAACUUCGUUCGCUACACAGGCGAUACCAUUUCAAUGGCACAGACUCAGCUGUUUGCCUGGGAGGCUUAUGACAAAGGCUCUGAAGUUCAUCUGCAAGCGGACCCUACAAAACUAGAGCUCCUUUAUAAAUCUUUCAAAGUGAAAAAAGAAGAUUUCAAGGCACAGCAGAAAGAAAGCAUCCUAGAGAAGUAUGGAGGACAAGAACAUUUAGAUGCCCCUCCAGCUGAACUUCUGUUAGCUCAAACAGAAGAUUAUGUGGAGUAUUCUAGGCAUGGAACAGUCAUCAAAGGACAGGAGAAAGCUAUUGCUUGUUCUAAGUAUGAAGAGGAUGUGAAGAUCAACAACCAUACAUGCAUUUGGGGUUCGUACUGGAAAGAAGGCAAGUGGGGUUACAGGUGCUGUCACUCCUUUGUCAAGUACUCCUACUGUACAGGAGAAGCUGGGAAAGAAAUUGCUAAUACAGAGGCAAGUUUAAUGGAAGAGCAGCCUGAGGAGGAAGAACACAUGACAAAACCCAAAACACUGAUGGAGAUCCACCAAGAGAAACAGAAGGAGAAGAAAAAGAAGAAGCACAAGAAGAGCUCAAAUUCCGACAGUGAGGGUGAAGAGAAAAAGAAGCAAGAAAAACUAAAAAAGGCUCUAAAUGCUGAAGAGGCUCGACUUCUCCACAUCAAAGAAAUCAUGCAGCUGGAUGAGAGGAAGAGGCCGUACAACAGCCAGUAUGAAGCCAGGGAGCCAACAGAAGAGGAGAUGGAGGCCUACAGAAUGAAACGGCAGAGACCUGAUGACCCCAUGGCGUCUUUCCUGGGCCAGUAGUCACAGGGGCAUCGUUCCAGUGCACCAGGCUUCUUCCACAGUUGUUUACAACUCUAGACACUUCAUUCCCUUGCACAUGUCUAAAAAGGCAGAAACCUUUUUGUGCUCUGAAGGAAUUUCUGAAAGCUUCUUUCAGCAGACAUGAGCAGCCUAGUACUUGAGUUUUGUAAAUGUGUAUGUGUACAGAUACAGGCACAUAUAUAUAACAUAUGUAUAGAUAAAAUACAUGCAGCUACUCUGUUAAGUUCUUGAAGAAGAGAUCUGACUGAAAUCCUGGGUUUAUUUGGCCAACUAAUACACGCUUACAUUUUUUAUAUAUAUAUAUAUAUAUAUAUAUAUAUAUAUAUAUAUACUUGGCCAACUAAUGCAUGAAGUUGUGAUACAGUAAAACUGACUAGUCAGAAGAAAUGGUCAGCAGGUGUCAAUAUAGAAUGGUUGACAAAAUAUAGGCACAACUGCUCCUAGGGCUUCUUACUUGUAAAGCCUGUCUCAUGACUGUGAAAGAAUGUUUCUUGAUCACUUUGCAAUUAGUACUUUGGAAAUGUAAAUGUUAAUUGCUUUGUUCUCGUUAAAUCAGUCUAAAGAUCUUAAGUGCUGUCUAGCCUUUUAAAUGAAAGGGUUAGGAGAAGCUGACUGUAGAGUUUAAGUUCCAGUUGUUUCUUCAGAUGUAUUGCCACAGGAAUUUCAGUUGCAAAGAUCUGAGUUCUUUGGUUUCUGUUUGAUAACUGUGUCCUGUUACAUGGUGUGACACCAAGUGUCAGGCAGCAGCGUCUGCUUUGGUUUGGCAAUGUUAGUCCUUAAACUGGAAGUUUUCCCCUUUUAAGUAAUUAAAAGAUGAAGAACUGGGUAAAAAACUGUACAGCAUGACUUCAGAGGUAGAAGGCUUGGGAAUUACUUCUGUUGAAGCUUAAACUAUCUUUCCAAGCAAAAACUGCUCUUUUCCACAAAUUACAUACAGAAAACAAA